ACAAGGUCUGAGGGACAGUGGACUGGCCCCCUGCUGAAAAAGUUUGCUGACCCCUGAGCAUUCAAAACAGGGAUCCUCCUUAGUGACACCUGCGUAAUCUUGCGUUGUACUUGGUUGAUUUUACAAGAGAGGAGUGUGGUUUAUGCUAGCUGUAUAGAUAGGGUGCUGACCUCAUGUGACCACGCUUAAUCUUUUUUAAAACCACCAUGCUUGCGUGAAUUUACCCCCAAUAAGUAUAGUACUUGUUAACAUGGUUGCAUUGGGUCUAAUGUCCUUUCCUCCAUAUGGUUAUCUGGCCCACAGUAUACUUUGAAUUUGGGGGUUGCUUAUUAAGAACAUCUAAUGUCUUAAUUUGUAAAUACCCAAAUUAAAGGAUUUAAAAAGCAAAGGAAAAGCCAUUUAGGUUUUUCAGAAGAAAACAGCUGAAGAAAAAGGAAAAUGGUAGCCUCAGGGAAAGUGGAAAGGAAACACUUUCACAAAUAUAUUAAGCAGACACUGGGAUUCUUAUGAAAACGUCAAUUGCAUUAAUAAGUAAAAAUGAAAAAGGCCACUAAAAUUGCCGGGCUAAUGAGCUAUUAUUUUGCAUGCUUUUGCUCAUAAUUAUAGUCUGCUUGACUGAGUUGAAGGAUUCACUUUAGUAACUGAAGACGAGUUAUGCAGAAACCAUUUUUAGUGUGUAUGUAGUUUGGGAAACUACAUGUUGUGUGUGCAUAUUUUAUUUAAGGUACUACACCAUUAAAUAAACCCUUAGGAAUAUGAUUGUCCCGGGCUACCUCUUAAGAGAAGAACUGUUGCCAUCAAAGCAAAAGUGGUUUGGUAAUACCCAUGUUUUGCAGUCUGUACUCUUCUACUAAAUAGGUAUUUCAGAAUCCUUCUAAAUCAGUGCAAGCGGGGGGGGGGGGAUUGGUAGUUCCACCACCUUCAGAAGUUCCAGGGUGGCAGUGGUCUGGAAGAGGACAUUCUCCAUGUGAUUCUCCCUAAGCUGUAGAAUUCCAUCCCCACAGGUGCACUGGGCUUCAUUACAUAGAUUUUGUCAUAAGUUGAAGAUGCACCGGGUAGGCACCUGGACUGGUUCAGAUAAUUAGAUGUGCAUGACAGAAAUCUGAACAUCUGAAACAGCCCCUAGAAAAAGGUAACCUUAAGUCAAACAGAAAAGGAAUUGUUUAGAAUGGGCAUUGUGGAAUAGAACAAGAACUAGUGGGACAAAAUUAUUUUUUAUAAUUCUCAGCCCUAAGCAUGUUUACAGUUACAUCCUGCUGACUUCAUUGGAGCUUAUUUGCAGUAAAGACUGUGGCUGUUGCCUGCUUAUGAGAACAAUCUCUGAAGCCUGUGGGAUUUGAACUUAGCUUCCCAGGGGAUGCUGUUGAGAGUCUGUCAACAAGGGCAUUUGAAAUAUACAAAGCUUUGGAUUAUGGGCUGUAAUGGUAAUAGCCGGGCAUUGGCACCUUUGCCACUAGGGUAUCCUUCUCAGUCUAAUAAUUUUGGUCAUUAUUCAUUCUUUUUUUCCAAUGCUUUUUCCAUGAGUCAAACAAAUGUCAACCUCCGGUCCACCUCCACCAAAACCCUACCGAUCACCCUUCCAGUUCUGGAAUUAUUGGCCUUGGACAGAAACAACCCCACUGGAGCCAGGAGAAAGAAAUCUUAUCACCUUUUAAUUUACUGGGCUGACUCAGUGCCAGAGCAGCAGUUAGAGGCAUUAGAGCAGAGACACGACUGCUGUGUCAGAGCAUGAGCAGAACCAGGGUAUCUGGUUACGCAUCCCCCCCACAGUGAGCCUUUAGCUGGAGCACUCGCAACUUCAGUUUUGUCCCAUUCCAUGAUCCUGCAACAGGGAAGCAGAAGGGAAGGCACCUCCCCCGGGAUGCCCAGUUUCCCCAUUUGCAAACACUGAAUAUGACUGGGGACAAUCGUCCAAAAAGGACAUUACAGUAUCAGCAGACACUGCUCUAUGGCCAGUACACAGACAACCUCUGCAGUCUUUCCCGGAAGGAAGAAGAUGAACUCCUGGGGGAGAAGAGGCCCCAACGCAAUGGCCAGGGGCCCCUGAAGCGAGUCAGCCAGGCCGAAGUGAAAGCAGAACGCUACUCCAAGUGCCAUGCCUGUGCUAAAAGAAUCCAGAACUAUGUUACCAAGAAGAUGGGAGAAGACUGGAUCUUCUUGGUCCUCCUGGGCCUUGUCAUGGCACUGGUGAGCUGGGGGGUGGAUUACUCCAGUGCCAAGAGCCUGCAAGCUUACAAGUGGAUGUACAAUUCGCUGCACCCAAGUAUCCCUAUGCAGUACCUGGCUUGGGUGACCUAUCCGCUCGUCCUGAUCCUCUUUGCUGCCCUCUUCUGCCAACUUGUCUCUCCGCAGGCUGUGGGCUCCGGGAUCCCUGAGCUGAAAACCAUUAUGCGGGGAGUCGUCCUCAAGGAAUACCUCACACCCAAAGCUUUUUUGGCCAAAGUUGUAAGCCUGACAGCUGGCCUAGGAAGUGGGAUACCUGUCGGGAAAGAGGGCCCCUUUGUGCAUAUUGCCAGCAUCUGUGCUGCCGUCCUGAGCAAGUUCAUGUCCAUCUUUUGCGGUGUGUAUGAGCAGCCAUAUUAUUACACAGAUGUCCUGACUGUGGGAUGUGCAGUAGGGGUUGGCUGCUGUUUCGGGACACCACUGGGAGGUGUGCUCUUCAGCAUCGAAGUAACUUCCACCUACUUUGCAGUUCGUAACUACUGGCGCGGAUUUUUUGCGGCUACAUUCAGUGCCUUUGUUUUCCGAGUCUUUGCUGUCUGGAACAAAGACGCAGUCACCAUCACAGCCCUCUUCAGAACCAACUUCCGCAUGGAUUUCCCCUUUGACCUGCAGGAGCUGCCAGCUUUUGCUGUAAUAGGGAUCUGCUCUGGGUUCCUUGGAGCGUUUUUUGUUUACUUCAACCGGCAGGUGGUUUUGUGUGUACGUCGACAUACGGCUCUAAGUCAAUUCCUAACCAAAUACCGCCUUAUAUAUCCAGGGGUUAUAACCUUUGUGAUAGCGUCCUUGACAUUCCCCCCAGGCUUCGGGCAGUUUAUGGCUGGAGAGCUGAUGCCCAGAGAAGCCAUUAGCAGCCUCUUUGAUAACUUCACCUGGGUAAAGCAUACAGGGGACCCCCAGAUCCUGGGGAGAUCUGCAGUCUGGAUCCAUCCCAAAGUCAGUGUGUUUGUCAUCAUUCUUCUUUUCUUCGUCAUGAAGUUCUGGAUGUCUGUCGUUGCCACUACCAUGCCGAUCCCUUGCGGAGGCUUCAUGCCUGUGUUUGUGCUGGGGGCUGCCUUUGGACGCUUGGUUGGUGAAAUCAUGGCCUGGUUUUUUCCUGAUGGGAUUGUCUUCGAUGACAUUGUUUACAAAAUCUUACCUGGAGGUUAUGCCGUGAUUGGAGCCGCCGCUUUGACUGGUGCAGUGAGCCACACGGUGUCCACAGCAGUGAUUUGCUUUGAGCUGACAGGUCAGAUCUCCCACAUCCUGCCCAUGAUGGUGGCCGUCAUCCUUGCCAACAUGGUGGCCCAGAGUUUGCAGCCAAGUCUGUACGACAGCAUCAUCCAAGUUAAGAAGUUGCCCUAUUUGCCGGACUUGGGAUGGAAUCAAAUAAGCAAAUACAAUAUCUUUGUGGAGGAUAUUAUGGUGUGCGACGUGAAAUUCAUCUCCUCCAACUGCAAAUACCGGGACCUGCAGGAUGCACUUGAGCACACCACUGUCAAGACCUUUCCUCUUGUGGAUUCACCAGAGUCCAUGAUCCUGCUGGGCUCAGUGGAGCGGCCAGAGCUCCAGGCCCUUCUGCUCAGGCACCUCAGCACUGAGCGCCGUCUGCGCUUGGCCAGGGAAACACAGCAGCAGAAACUGGCCGAGACACCAUAUGAUGGGCACAGGUGGAAGCACGAAUCGUUUGCUUUUGUGGAUGAGGAUGAGGAUGAAGAAGAGAAGCCCGAGGUAGUGAAGGAAAAGCUUCCACAACAGCCUGCUUUCAUCAGCAGUUUCUCAGAACCACCCAAUGGCCCAGUGGCUCCUCACAAGCCCUUGCCAGAGUCACCAACCCCUCAGGAAACUCCAGGACGGAGAUUCUGGCGCUUGAGGAGACUGAUGCGGUACCUCCUGUGCCUUUACCACCCUCCACAUCAGCAAGAGAUGGCUGAGCAGGAGUCCCCAGAGUUUGAAGACCCAAUGAAGCCAGAAGAGAUAGAAGCUUGGGAGCAGGAGGAGCUAGAGAAAAACGUGUGCUUCAACAGCUGCCGCAUAGACCCCUCGCCCUUUCAGCUGGUGGAGAGGACAUCCCUGCACAAGACACACACCUUGUUUUCAUUGCUGGGACUCAGCCAUGCCUAUGUAACCAGUAUGGGGAAGCUGAGAGGUGUGAUUGCCCUGGAAGAGCUCCAGAAAGCGAUUGAGGGCACCACAAGCUCUGGUGUUCGCCUUCGUCCUCCCCUGGCCAGCUUCCGUGACACUACCCAGACGGCGGGUGGCAAGGAGCAGGCCAAGUGGACUGCACAGAUGUGGAGCAAGCACGACAGUGAUGCAGCGGCGGCGGCAGCAGCAGCAGCUCCCAGCAGUAUGGCAGCAGACUCAGGGACAGAGAGCCCAGUAGCCCCUGGCUCUCCCUUCCCGCCACCCUCUCCUGCCCCCAGUGGAGGGAAGGCGGUGGUGCGCUCUGCCUCAGUGGCUGAUAUGGAACUGGAGGAACUGGAGCUUUCUGGCCCAGCUGCUGAGAACAUCUCAGGCAUCCUGAAGGACCUCAACCUGUGCCCCACAGACGUGUCUGAGGAUGACGACGAUGACGUGCCACUAUAAUUGUACAGAGGAGGCACCCGUCUUGUCCCUUCACCCAAGCUACUCCUGCCAUACUUGCGCUUCAAGGAAAGGCCUGUGGGCAGCUUCUCUGGCACUAAUGGAUGGUAAUCCGCACUGGAGAGCCUUGGCUACAUGAGCUGACUCUUCCUUCUGCCACUAUCAAUGGGGUGGGGUGUACUUUGAUUACCAUGCUGUGUUAGGCAUUCCAUAGGGCUCCAUCCCCUGUGGAGAGAUGGUCAUGGCAGGCUGUGCAGAAACUUCUCUUUAGACUAAAUGACACGGCCACCAACAUUUUCCUCGCCUUGCUUAAUGAAAUACUUAGCUUAGAGAGGAAGUAGACAAAGGAUUUAACCCAGACUGGCUGUGAAAAGAAUGCAACCCAGGUUGUCAACAGGCCCAUAAGUGGGGAAUUUAUGCGGUGGUGCCCUUCCCUUUGUGCUCCCGGAGUGAAACUGUCUCGUCUUUACCACUUUGCACAUCUCAGAAACCCCUCUCCUGAGAAUUGCAGCUUUAAGCCACAUGUGUUUUUUGCUGCUUUUCCAGACCCAUCCUUGUCCAAUGUUCCCAUCCGGAAAUCACAACAUUUUCCCAAUAUAUCUCACUCAAGUGUGCGGCUCAGGUCAGGAUGUGUUAUGGAAUUUAAAGGCCAAGCUCAGGAUGUGCAGAGAAGAGUAUCUCUGCCACACCCGCUAGAGAAAAAGAAGGCAGCAGUAGGAAGGCAGAGAGCCAGUGUGGUGUAGUGGUUAAGAGCGGUAGUCUCGUAAUCUGGGGAACCGGGUUCGCGUCUCCGCUCCUCCACAUGCAGCUGCUGGGUGACCUUGGGCUAGUCACACUUCUUUGAAGUCUCUCAGCCCCACUCACCUCACAGAGUGUUUGUUGUGGGGGAGGAAGGGAAAGGAGAAUGUUAGCCACUUUGAGACUCCUUAAAGGGAGUGAAAGGCGGGAUAUCAAAUCCAAACUCUUCUUCUUCUUCUUCUUCAGCCUGAUCACUUGUUUUGUAUAUUUCUUGGAGAUGUGAAAAUUAAAUGAAGGAAAGACUCAGUGCCCCGACUCACUGUAGGAAAUGUAACACAACCAGGGCUCUGUUUGCAGAAGUCUUUUAAAAUCCUGCUUUGGGUUGCUGAGCGGGAAGAAGGGGAAUUCAUCUGGCUCCCUGAAACCUAAUAAAUUAGUGCCCCCACCUCAACCCCAGAAAAUCUAUUAAUAAAAACAAAUUCAACCAUCACCACCACCACAUCUUCUGGAUUAGAGAAAUGAGCAUAUGCACAGCGCAUUGCUCCCAUAUAGCUUCCCACCCAGCUAGGGAGACCUGUGCAGAAGCCUUCUCUGGUGAACAUAAUGGCUGCAGCUUUAUCUGAAGGCUGUAAGAAAACGAUACAACCAGAAAGGGUAGUAUUCUGAAGUUUUCUGAUCAUUAGCGAGGCAAAAGUUUGAGCAAGGUAGCACAUAGUCUUAAAUGGUUUUUUUAAAAUUAUUUUUACGUUUUUAUCCUGACCUGAUGGACACUUAUGCAAAGCAGUUGUCUUAAUCACUAGAAUUCCUGCGAAGAAACGGAUGUGAUAAGAGGCGGCAAGUGGAGGAAGAAACCGUUGCUGCUUCUGUGAGCACACCUCUAUUACAGUUGCCUAUAGGCUUUCUACCAGUUUAACAGCCAUGGCUUCUCCCCAAAACUUAAAGUUUGGCAAAGGUGCUGAACAUUCUAUUAUGAACCAUCUGCAAUGACAUUUCCUGGGAGAGAAUGACGGCUGACCCUGUUUUAAGUGGGUAGUAUCUAAAAGAGAGGAAAAUGCCUGUCUUUUGAGCUAGCCAUUACAAACACAGUUUUGUCCUCCCCGAAGUCUUAGCUGUGUCUUCCAAUCCUGCACUCCAGUUCCCUCGCUGCUCAGUUAAGGUGGGUAAAUCAGUCCAUUUUGGUUUCUCUUGGUUCCUCCUUUUUCCUGCGCUAAUUUCAGUUCACCACAUCAGUUUCUUUCUU